AUGGCUUUUCAUGGCUCGCACUCAACGCCGGAUCUGUUCAUAAAUCCAUCAUCUGGCCGUGCGCUCUCCAACCCCCCGUCCUCCAGCUUGGACGCCGCCCCGGUCGAUCGAUCCCCCGGUUUCAAGACCCUGCCGCUGCUGCCGGCCCUGGCGGCCCUUGACAUCCCCUCUUUCGACCUGGUCGGCGAGUUUGAGAAGUCCUUCAGCCUCACCACCACAAUCGAGGACCUCUCCCCACGACCCGCCACGGCAACGGACAGGACCCUUCGAGUGGAAUCUCAAGACAACCGCGAUAACGAGAACAAGACGGCGGCCGGUGCCAGGGUGUUGGACGGUCACGCCCGCACCAGGAGCAAAUCAAUGGUCGACCGUCCGCUCUCGUGGCUUCCGAGCUCAAAAUCCAGUCCCAACGUCCGAGCCAGCAAUCAUGAGCACCGCUCCAAGAGGUUGAGCAGACAGAAUGUAGUAGGCGCCUCUGCUAAAAGCACCCCUCCGGGGAAACCCUUGGAGAGGUCACGAACCGUCGAGUCGUUUGCCGAUUUUGCGAAACGGUCGUGGAUAUCCAAGCCGAGAUCUCCCUCGCCGCCCAGCAAGCCAGAGAAACCGCGGGACGCUGGCGGCGCUGUUUCCAUUGAAACUUCCAAGACAAAGGCAGCACCAAGUAGUCAGGCGGCCGCCGAUUCCUCAGUCCCUGACGAACCGUCGACCAGCAAAAGGAGUGCCUUGAACCGUGCCAGCAUAUAUCUAACAAGGAUUAAGCAAAAACCGCAAAACCUUCUGUCGAGGAGCUCUCCAUCCGUCACCCUCAAAGCCUCACUCGGACCAAGCGUGUCAUCGAACGAUUCCGACUGCCGGAGCCGGAGGUCCUCAACGCUGAACUCCGUCAGCGCGCCUGGCUCCCUGACGGCGGCGAAGAAUGCUUCCUACAACAGUGUCAGCUCGGCCACAUCGCGCGCUUCGUCCCAGAAAGCCGCGUCCGUUGAAACCGAUUUAGAUACCGACACAGCUACGGCGAGCAGCGCGUCCGAGAACACGUCCCAGUCCACCGUCGAAACGAGCGUGACGAUGCCGCACCCGACCUCCCGCGACCCUCUGUGGGCGACAUACCGUACCCUCGACAUCGAAUUCUCCCGGUUCGCCGCGAAGGGCUCGACGGCUGGGAGGAUGAGCGUUGUCCGGUCCAUUUUGGUGCCAUUCCUGCACAGCACGGCAUAUCACCCUUCAAACUCCAACCGGUCCAUCUUAUCUGCCGAGGACAUCGAUCGCAGAGCUACCGUUCUAAAUAAGUGGUGGAACGGCCUCUUGGGGAUGCUGGUGGGCACGAGUUCGAGGCUGCCGGCUGGCAUGGGCCAAGGCAUUGCCGACCUGGGUGUCAAUUUUCCGGUUCUGCAACCGGUCGCAGGCGUGGAUCGGCCGAUACUGCUGGAAGCAACCACCAUGAUAAUGAUGCGUCCAGAGUGGAGGGCCUGCAGCAGCCAGUUUCAGCCUCUGGCUGAGCGUUGCCCGGGGGAAAGGGUCCGGCCGAGGUCAGGGACUAGUUCGACCGUGGCGAGCGAUGUCGACUCGUUGCUGCUUGCCGAGUCGGCCGAGCACAACGUCCGGACCAUGUUUGUUACCAACCUGACGGCCCAAAUGGCGCUGGUUGUCGAGAAGCUGUCGCUGCGACACGCCCCGCUGAGUCUGGUCAACUGGUGCGGCAAGGCAUGUGCCUAUGCCUUCUUCUUUGUGCCCGGCAUUUCCGACGUGCUUGUUCGUCUGUGGGGCUUGAACGUGGACCUGCUGCGCAGAGUAGCCGAGGAGUUCGGGCUGCCAAAGAGAAGCAACGGCGAAAGCGACGACAUCGUCGCGUUGUUCCCGCAGCACUUGCACAAGCUGGGGUGGUCGUCCGCAAAAUCACUCGGGGACAAGCUGCGGGUGGCGGCGAAGCUCCCUCUGACCAUGGCCAAAAUUCACUGGCACGGUCCUUGGGUAUCGAGAUGGCGCGGCGGGGAUACGGACCUGGUCUUCAUCUUCUGCAAAUACUUCCACAUCCUUGCACAAGAGUUUAUGCCAGAAGGGCUUCCGCUGGUUGAAAAGGCACGGGCGCCAGCGUUCGUGCUAGUCCACGCCCAGCUCUUGUCUGUUUUGGACAGCACCAUCCACCGCCAGGCCUCCCUCGAUGCCAUGCUAGGUCCGCCGCUUUCCGACGUCAUCCACGGCGCUGACGCCGCCUUGACGGCUCCCCAGCUCUCGAGCAACCUCCUCAGGGGCAUGGAUGAGAAUCGGCUGGUUGUCUUGCUCAAGGACAUGCUGGCCGAGAACUCGUUUGGCGUCGCCCCGGAAAUCAAGCAUACUUUUGCGCAUGCAUUUGUAGCAGUUGCGAAGGCAGCCACGAAGCGGACCCCGCGUUUCCAACAGGCCUCGUGCUUCAUGCUCUGCGAUUUCCUUGAGGAGGCGCUGGUCGCACUCGACACGUUCCAGACCACGGCGAAUGCCAGCAUCGCCACCUCGCCGACGGAGAACACACCGUCUAGUUAUUUCGAGCCCGCUCGACCCGCUAACUACACGGAUUGGCCAUUCUGGUUCGAGGUGGGCAAAAUGAUCAUGGACUCCAACAAUACCAUGUCCGAAAUCCGCAUGUUGUCCUUCCUUUUCUCGAUCUGGGAUACCAUCGCAGCGGACCCUUCCCGCAAGGAGGCCGUGUGCUUGGAUUGGCUUUUGUCCGAGGACGUCUUUGCGAAGUUUUUCAACCACUGGUGCCCGAUGGUUCGUGCCUACUACAUGCGCUUGCUAUGCUGGCGAAUAUGCAGGGACUCCGGCAGCGCCAACGAGCUAGAUGUAAAAAUCUUUCUUGUAGUGUCUCAGAGGCUGAAGACGGUCUGGUCACACUACCUCUGGCUCAAGCAGGAUGCCGAGGCCAAAGGACGGAUGCAGCCGUCGACAGCGCCUUGUUAUCCUGCCCCCGGCAAGCGGUUUCUGAUCAUCAGGACCGAGGUGCAACCGCCACAACACUCCAUCCAACUUGGGUUCGACUCGUUUUCGAACGCAUUUCCUUAUCCAUAUCCGGCGCUUGACUACCGCAGUCCCGUCGCCGGGACUGGAGACAGCGCUAUUGGCAACGCUAAGACGGAUGGCAACUUGUCUUUCAAGAAGAGGUGGUCUCUCCUGGGCAAGGUGCUUCCGUUUGGGCCGUCGCAGGACAACCCAACUUUCGAGGGGAAACGUACCUGGGAGGAGGAGUUGGAACAGGCUCGCCGAGACACAGCUGCAUCGCGUCUUGCAGGCCGCAGAGGGAAAGCCCAUCCUCCAGAGUCGCCGGGCCCGCCAACUCCGCCGAAGCAGGCACCUUCGAGCGCCGUCACGCCCGGGUCUGACUCCGGCUCCUCCACCGGCUCCGCCCCAAUUUUCGAGGCCGCCUCAUUCGUCUUCCGUUUCACCCUCACGUGGCAGACAGGCCCUGGCGGUGCGCCGAUGCCGUGUCCGCCUACACGUGACCGGAUCCUGACGCGGCCUCGACUUCCGGCGCCCGCACAGGCUAGAGUCAGCGCUCGCUUGGCCGGCAUGAGCAGCCCGAGCGCGAACGGAGUGCCACUCUUGCGCAGCGACAGCCCGCCUCCUAUCGCGCCCGGUCUCCCGCCUGAGACCCGGAGGGUGAGCGGGCUUUUCCAGACGGGACUCAUCAGCGAAGCCCGGAACGCCAGGCCGCUAACCGUUGAUGACGAGCCACGUAGACUAUCUCUCACCAAGGAUGCCGAGAAGCGGCUCUCACUGAACAUCAGUAUUGCACCACUCCGACUACUUGACGGCGAGGACAAGGACGAUGGUAGGCUGGACGUACAGUCGCCGAUCUGGGUAUCUGGGUUCACUGGCCUAGACCCGGAGCGCGGCAGGUCGCUUGAAAUUGGUGCGGCGCCGGGACCUCCCCCUGCGGCGGCCACCAUCCGACCGGAACGGCCGACCGGUGUCUACGCGGCUGGCGCUGUCUACGCUGGACGGGCUCUGGCGGAAUGGAGCAUCGUGGUUGGCGAGUGCAAUAGCUUUGUCGACCGUCGGCGGGACGAAGGCGUCUUGGGGCUGAGCGAGGUUGAGGUGCCGAUUCUCGGGAUGGAAGGACUCGGGAUGCGAGCGCGAGGCUAG